AUGCUUUAUCGAAUACAAAACAUCCCUUUUGUUGAUACUCCUCUACACAAGGCUGUCUCGACUAAUCAUCCUCCGGGCGAGGACCUCUUAGCUAAACGCAUUGAUUUCGCCAUGGAAAUCAUUAGCUUAAAGGCGUCGUUUGCUAACGGGCUUAGCCCCUUGCACCUAGCAGUGCAAAGUAGGCAGUCUGAGAUCGUAAUGCGGCUCGUGGCGUUUGAUAAAGAGCUGGUACGGCUCAAGGGACGUGGGGGAGCCACUCCUCUACAUUUGGCAGCCGCACAAGAUGAUGAUUGCCAUCUUUUAGCAAGAUUUCUAUUUGACUGCCCUGAAUCAAUUAACGAUCGUACAGUUCAUGAUGAGACUGCAUUGCACAUUGCCGUGAAGAAGUCCAACGUUACAGCCGUGGAAGUCCCUUUGGGAUGGAUCCGGAAGACCAACAAUACAGGGGUCCUCAACCGCAAAGACAAGGAUGGCAACACCGUCUUGCAUUUAGCGGUCUCAAAUUUGCAGCCGAAGGCACGCAUAAACAAAGAUGAAGUGAACAAAGAGGGCGACACUGCCUUGGACGUGGCCGAAGGACUGCCUCAAGGAGAGGGUAGUUCGAAAAUUAAGAAGAUUCUGCGCGACGCAAGAGCUUCAAAGAGUUCAACUCUACCUAGUGCAGAGUACCGCCAUGUUGAUUACUUGAAGUCGCCGGAACAGUUCGUGGAAAUAGUGUUUAAAUCCAUUAUUCUUGGCGGAAGAUAUUUGUCUACGGAAAGGCGCAACUUGAUUCUUGUGGUUGCCGUCCUGAUUGCCACAUCGACCUUCCAGGCCAUUCUUCAGCCUCCGGGUGGACUACUUGACCACGGGGACAAUAACGGAAACGGCAACCUUCUCACCAACGGAACAGUCAUAAAUGCCACCAUGUCCACCGGUUUUCCAGCUAAUAUCACCCAUAUGAACGCCACUAUAUCCACCACAGCCACCACCAGUAGUAAUGCCACUAAUCAUGUCGAUCGAGUGCUCUUCAAAAGGCGGAAAGGGAAAGAUAUUACGUACGGAAACUUCUUCUCCACUUUCUACUUGAUGAACACUCUAGUCUUCCUCGCCUCUACCACGGUGAUCAUCAUCGCCCUCCAACCGCAACCGUUCUUAAUUUUUUGGACUCUGCUGCUUUCGCUGGCCUUCCUAAUGGUUAGCUACGGCUUCGCCUUUAUGGCCAUAUCGCCCUCUUACUCGUAUGCUCUUGCUACUCUGUUGGUGUCGUAUGCUAUUUCUUCGGUGGUUUAUGCCUUCAAAAUUAUAAUUUACCACAUAGAAGCGAGUGCGCGUGCAGGCGUGAAAUACACUGGGAUGACACGCCUGCAAAUGAAACGCCUCCAGAUGUUGGCCUCGUUACUCAAUCAUUGA